AUGGCAACCUUGGAAUUGAUUGGUACAUCAGCUACAUUCCUGAUUUAAUAGUACAUAAUAAGUAAUAUAUUUGAAAUAUGUUUGUUUCAUUUCUUUACAGAGAGUCCUGGUACCCCAAAUAAAGCCGGUUCUGUUGAGUGUUUUAUACACAAUGUUUCCCCUGUGAAAACAUCUAACAAUGGGAAAAGGCAAUACUUCAAUUGCACAUUACAAUGUGAAGAUAAAGUUGUUAGAGCAGUUUGUUUCUCACCUGAGAAACAAACUCAGGUGAAAACAGUGGAACUAACAAAAACACCUGUUAAGCUCCAGAAUUUUCGGCAAAAUGAUACUGACCCAAGUAAAGAUAUCUUCAUAACCAAGUACACCCAAGUCACCCCGCUGACAAAUGAUCAAGUUGACUUCCAAUUUUCAGACGAAUUGACAAAUGCCUCAACUGAUGCCAUCAUAAACCUCUCAUCAGUUAGUAGACUUGCUCCUGACCAACUCAUAGCUGUUAAAGGUCAAGUUGUCAAGGUAUCCGGUGUAAAGAAUAUUAAUACUAAUUCUCAAGGAAAACUAAGGAAGCAAGAAAUUUUAAUAAGAGACCCAACUGCAUGUAUGAAGGUUAUCUUAUGGGAAGAGUAUGUUGACACUGUAGAAUGUGACAAGACCUAUGAGUUUAAACACUUGCGUGUUAAGGGAUCAGCAUAUGAUAGAUAUUUGAAUACACCAAAGUCAGAGCCGUUUACUGCAUCGGAGUGUGAUGCAUUUUGGAAUGAACUUGUUCCCAUUGAUCAAGGGCUGAUGGAUGCAACUUUAUUGAAGAUACCAGUGAAAAUACUUGGAAUUCGCAGUGCAUACAAGAAGUUGGCUUGUGUAUCCUGUAGGAGAAAGGUGGAACCAAAACCAAACGGUAGUGCAUUUGGAACAUGUCAAUCCUGCAAGCUAAUGCAACCCCUGUCAACCUGUGAUUCUCAGUGGACUCUUCGUUUAUUUGUCCAGAACAUUAGUGUUCCUAGCAGCAGAAUACAUGUCAUACUAGCUCCCAACCUUGCAACAGAACUAAUGGUAAAUGUAGCUCCAACAGUGAAUCUUUCCACUGCAUCAGAGGAUGACAUUGCAAUUGGGAUCUUGAGUGCUAAUAAAUCAAUGUCUAUGACCUAUGACACACUCUCGUUCCAAGUCGAUCCAACUGGAUUUUGA